CAUUCAUACUGGUAAAAGCAGCUUCAGUGCCACCGGUAGCUAUAGAAUAGUAAGGUUGGCAAUCAAAGUCGAUCGGUACAUCGGUACCAUGGCAGCUCCAACCGUCUUCGAAUCGUCUUUCUUCCCUGACAUUGUGGAUGGAGUCCGAGAAGUAGAUUCUCCGCUGACGCCCAUCAACCAAAAGCUUCGAAGGAAAAAUGUAGUAGCCGCAGCAUCGGUGUCAGGGCCCAACAUGCCCAUGAACAGUCCAACGGAUCCCUGGAGCUCUGCCUUUGAUUACUCUGGGUUGAACGAUCCACUGGUAGAGGGGACGGCACAGGGUGUAUGUGUGUGUGCCAUGAAACGACGAAACAGUUGGGCCGAGAAAAAGUUUCCCACUCACACAGAAGAAAGAUCCAACAAACAGUCCACUGAGUCAACACUAACAGUGACAGAAAACCAGGGUACUCCAUCGUCACCCAGUCCCAACAAGACAACUACCAAAUGCCCGUCCUGUGGAAAAUCUACCUCGAUGAAUCCCAGAAGCUUGGCAUGGGGAUACUCGAAAGCCACCAACAACAAUACUAAAUUGGCCAAAACAGAGGCUACGAAUGCCAUGGGAGAAGAUCCACAACAUGCACAGGCACUGCUUCAGUCGACACCCAAACUCAGACAGCUCUCUCCGGCUUCUGCUGAUAUGCAACAAAUAAUGGGCCGUUCACGGAAUAUUCUGAGUCUGAUAUUACCGCCUGCAGCAGACGGAAACGAGGCAAAGUCUUCGGGAAGUAUUCUCAUGGAUUAUAAGAAAAGUCUAGCCAGGGAAAGAGCCAAUCAACAAGCUGCGUCAGAGCUUGCAUCUCUGCUCUUUUCUCUUUUCCAUGAAAUGUCACUGGAAGACUAUGGUAUUGUCGAAAGUGAAGUUUUCACAUCUGUAUUUGCAUUGGUACAUGAUACACGAAAAGAGUAUCGAAUGGCUGGCUUGGCCGCCCUGGAUGCUCUCGUGGUGGUAGAAGCUCCCAGUGCCGAUGAAGAAAAGAAGGGCAUCAAGUUUGCCAAUGCACUCAGUAAAGCGCUACAAUCUGCCCAUGGAGACUUUGAAUUCUUGUCUGCCGUAUCUAAAGCUCUGGGCCACAUGGCGUUGAGGACCACUCUCAGUGAUUUCAUUGAAAGUGAAAUUGGUAGGGCGUUGGAAUGGCUACGCACCGAAAGGUCAGACCGAAGACUUGCGGCUGCAUUGUCGCUGAAAGAGCUAGCCAUUCAUGCACCAACUGCUUUCCACUCCAAGACAAGUCAAUCUACUCUGGGACAAGGUGGAUCGAACGAGUUCCUCGAUCACAUUUUUGAAGCCAUUAGGGAUCCACAACCUAUUGUCAGGGCAUGUGCCGCAGACGCACUGUCGCAAUGCUUGAAGCUUCUUGUAGAAAGACAACAUCCGUCGCUCACGGGGUUGCUCUGCCAAGUGUUCUUCUCGUUAAUGGAGGGACUCAAGCAGGAAGCCACAAAGAAACGGACGAUAUCGGCAUCAGUGCAACACGGAUCGCUUCUUGUAGCAAGCUGCAUGAUUGCUUUUGCGGGUGACUUCAUGCUGCCUCGUUUUGACGAAGUUUGCACCGCCAUCUUGGACUUUACGACCUGCGAAAGUCCGUUGAUUCGACUCGAAGUUGUAAGGCUCAUUCCCAGACUCGCAAGACGGUGUCCGACUGUCUUUGGGAGACGAUACCUCGACGAGAGUCUCAUCUUCUUGAUCGAAAGUGCGUCGACACCAGUACAACCACGCGCGGGAGUGGAUGUGAGACCUUCGGCAUACAGAGCCAUUGGGCAGCUUACUCUGGCAAUGAGAGAUUCCAGUACGGGGCGUGUCAUCGGAGGGGCUGCUUUGCGAAAUGUCAAGAUUGCAGAAGAUCCUAACAAUCCUGAUGGAGCGUACACGGUGCAAGUAUCCAAAUCUGGUGUUAUUUUCGACAAACUGCAAGAAAUAUUCGGGCUAUUGAAAACGGUGCUACAGUCGGGAUCCCCAGAGACCCUUAGCCCCGCGCUUGAAUGUGCUGCUAAUCUCGUUCAAGCCUUGGAUGACAUGGCACUUCCCUACAUCUCUGACUUGAUCAAUGACAUGUUCCGAGCCGGUCUAACCACUGAGCUGAUAAAUGCUUUGCACGCCAUCGCGCAAUGUGUUCCAGGACAACAGAGCGUCAUAGAAAACCGAUUGCUCCAAGAGACUUCCCUGAUUCUGGCAGGGAUGCCGUCGGCAAGAGAUAUAUGUGACCCUCUGCGUGGAUUGAAAUCUUCACACUGCCAACGGAAGUCUGGCAGACGUCAGUUACCGCAACAGAACGGGAGUGCUUCAUCAGCGCGUUCCAACAAAAUCACAAUAAACAUGGCAGACGAUCCAAGAACCGUGAAGGCUCUCGUCUUGUCUCUCCAAACCUUGGGAUCAUUUGGCGAUCACAUGGGAAGAGUAACCACUGCUGGAGCUGUUGUCCCGCUUCUUCCAUUUGUGCAAGAAGUGGCAAUAAAAUAUGUUUCUCAUCCAUCCAGCGAAGUUCGGAGAGCUGCUGCUCUAACGUGCUGUGUUCUCCUUCACCCUGACGUGCUCGUUCGCAAUACGAGUUACGGCGGCAUUGUCAUUGAAGAAUGUUUGGCAGAGCUACUUAAGGUGGCAAUCAGUGAUCCGAGUGCUGUGGUUAGGUUGUGCGUUGUGCGAGGAUUGGAUUCAAGGUAUGAUCCAUUCCUCUCCCAGUCGCAUCAUCUUCAAUCACUCUUCCUCCUUCUCAGCGACGAGUCUCUCGCCACGAGAGCUGCGGGUUUGCGUCUUCUCGGCCGCCUUACUGUUAUCAACCCCGCUCCUAUCCUGCCGGUAUUGAGACGGUUCCUUGCCGAUCUUAUUGUGGAGCUACAGUGUGGUGUUGAAACAGGGAGAGGGAGAGAGGAGGCUACGCGACUGUUGGUCGUCUUUCUAAAAGCCAAGGCCCUGCAGAGAUUAGUCCAUCCUGUGUUGCAGUCACUUGUUGGUGCACUUCCACUGAGCGGGGCGGCUCCUCGGCUGGCCUCAGCAGCACUUGAAGCAUUGGGCGAACUGGCAUUGGCUACGGGAAUGGCUCUUCAACCUUGGGUGAAAGAUGUUGUUCCACACAUCCUUGUAACAAUGCAGGACCAAAGUAGCACGAGUAAACAGCGCACUAGUCUCAUGACAUUGGGGCAAAUUGCAGGAUCCACAGGCUACGUAAUUCGGCCUUAUUUGGACUACCCCAAUUUGCUGUCCCAGGCGACGGAUGUGUUACCAGGAACAAAGCGUGCGCCAUGGGCUUUACGUCGCGAAGUGAUUCGUUGUCUUGGCGUCUUGGGAGCCCUGGAUCCGGACCGGUAUCAGAUGGUUGCAUCCAAGACGAGAAAAGGUGGGGCUGUCGGUGGCGCCUACUUUGAUGAGGAGCAAGACGAUUCGGCGCAGCAGUCGGCAGACAAGAACAAAGACAAGAAAACAGAGGAUACAGAGACACAUCAAUCACGUUCGGGGCAGGCAUCGGCGAAUUUGAAUCCAGGAAAUGAUACGACUAUUAAUAGUGCUCCGACUGCGUUAGACAAUGACGAUGACCUGCCGGCGCAUCUAUCCAUGUAUGAACAAUACGCUGUCGUCGUGCAACCUGUGUCAAGUUUGCCACCCGCACGACGCAUUACACCAUCCGACGAACGAUUCUACCCUACAGUGGCAAUCCAGGCUUUGAUGCGAAUAUUCCGCGACCCAUCCUUGGCAGUACACCACGGAAUGGUCAUACAGGCUAUCAUGUUCAUAUUCAAGUCCAUGGGGUUGAGAUGCAUCCCCUAUUUGGGUAAGGUUGUGCCCCAUAUGAUAAAUGCAAUACGCAGUGAAACGGGCCCUGCCAGCCUUCGAGAGUCUCUGUUCAAGCAGAUGGCUUCACUGAGUGAAAUUGUUCGCGAGCAUUUGCGCCCCUUUAUAGCCGACAUAUUCGACGUCGUGGAGCAAUUCUGGUCAUCACGACAUCUUGGAACGAUUUUUUUGCUCGUGUCCAAGGUCGCCGUUGGUGUCCCAGACGAAUUCCGACGGUUUGUUCCGAGACUGAUACGAAGACUCUUGGAAUCUCUAGAAGAGCUUCAAGUGGCGGAGUGGUCCACUACGGAUGCGGACAAUUCUGGGAAUCACGGUGGGAGAAUUGAGUCGAACAAACUGGGACUGAUACUGAGCAGCAUUAACAGCCUUCGAGGGGUCCUGGGAGACUACAUCCACAUGCUUGUACCAGCCCUUCUCAAGCUGAGCGAUUCUUUGGCUUCUCUGUGCGCAGCGGGAUCUUCCUUCGGCGACCUUCAUGUCUCGACAUUACGAACAAUCUCUUCUUUGCUUGAAUCUCAAGUAGUAGCUCCAAAUCACCCCCCCACGCGAUCUUAUGCGUCGCUGCAGAGAUUCGGAGGGCAAUCAACAAUAAACUUUGAAUGUGGACUGUCAGCUCGAACGUUGCAGGCAUUGGUACGAUUGCUCCGAUCCAGGCCCCCGGUUAUCAGGGAGGUGGGCACUGCGGCCAUUGAAACACUCUGUGUUUGCGCCAAACAAUUGGGGAGAGUCAGAUGGCACAAUUCAUAUCACAAGGUGGUUGAAGCAUCCAUCAUUAAUUGGGAUGCUGCUUCGUCAUCUGGGUCGCUUCGUUCGGCAAUUCUUGCUGAAGGAAACCCUUCAACGCAAUCAAAUGCUGAGGAGACCAUGCCGACUGGGCUGUCGUACUAUAACAGAAAUCUUUCUUGUCUUUUCACGGCCGACUCGAAAAGCUUGAGUCAACAGCCUGCUCUGUUCCCCUCGGAAAUAAGACAAUCGAGCUUCCCGGAGAGCCCAGCGAUCGGUGGUGUGUCGGAUAGCGGCCUUCUUGAUGUGGACCAAAAUGUUGUAACCAACCAAGCCAAUCGACAACGUGUGAAUCAAGGCAACUUGCAACGGGCCUGGGAUGUGACCCAGAUUGCAUCGAGAGAUGACUGGGAUCAGUGGAUGCGGACCCUGUCUAUUAUGUUGCUUCGAGAGGCGCCGUCGGCAGCUCUUAGAGCCACAGCGAAUUUGGCGCAUGCAUACCAGCCACUCGCACGGGAGCUUUUUAGUGCAGCAUUCGUUUGUUGUUGGAAGGAACUGAGUAAGCCAUAUCGAAUGAACCUCAUUCAUGCUCUGGAAACUGCAUUCGCAGCAGACAUCUCUCCUGAGAUACUGCAGGCACUCCUUAACCUGGCUGGAUUCCUGGAACACGACCCGGAAGGAGGGCUGCCCAUCGAUAUUUCAAUUCUUGCUGAGCUUGCAUUGAAGUGUCGAGCAUACGCCAAGGCGCUGCAUUACAAGGAACGCGAACAUCGCAUGCGGGGCGCGAACUCUUGCGUGGAAGCACUUAUCAGUAUCAAUCGGAAGCUUGACCUUCACGAGGCUGCUCUUGGCAUUUUGAAGGCAGCAACCAUGAAGUUCGAAGGUGGGAGGCCGGGCACCACCUCGCCAUCUGAUGAAUUUCCCACUAGAAUCGCAAGGCACCAAUCUCAUGGCAUGUUCUACAGUGUUAUUUGGAGCACGGACGAUGUCGUAGUUAACAAUGGCGAGCAUGUAGAUCUGGCCGAGAGGGAAUCUUGGCUAGCAAAGCUGGGUUCAUGGACGGAGGCCCUCGCCGUGUACGAACAAAAGCUCAAGAACAAUGCAAUCGAUUUUGAUGCCAUUCUAGGAUGCAUGCGAUGUCUGGAUGCAAGCGGCGAGUGGCGCGGUGUGUUGGAGCUAGCAGAAAAGACCUGGCCAGCACUGAGUGGGUCAUCUGCGUUGGGCCGAGCGGACUCACUCCAAGAGCAAAACCCCAUUCAAACACAAAUGCAAAUUUCCGCGAGAUCGCAGAAGAAGGCAAUACGAUUGUGUGCUCAAGCAGCGUGGAGACUUGGUCGCUGGGGUGAUCUGGAGAAGUUUGCUACGGAACUGAACAGCGUCAACGCAUCCAACAACACGUCGAGCACCGCCGUACCAACCAGCAAAAGUGUUGCUUCAAGAGUUGACUUUGAGGGUUCCUUCUUUUCGGCCGUCUUGCAUAUUCACAGAAAGGAGUGGACUGUUGCGGCUGAGGCGAUUGACAAUGCGAGGAGAGCAAUGGACGGUCGGUUCACGGCACUCAUGGCAGAGUCCUACAACCGCGCUUACCCUAGCAUGGUGACUGCACAGACUCUGGCUGAGAUGGAGGAAAUCAUCGAGCUACAAAAACUCGAGGAACGUUCCCGAAGCGCUUUUCAUCGGCACCCAGCAAACACACCGAACACGAACGAGGCUCGGCUGAGGCUACAGAAGGUUUGGCGCGAAAGGCUUGCUGGCUGUCGUGCAGAUGCCGAAGUUCAUUCGUCGAUACUUGCGGUGCGUUCGCUGGUGCUGGGUCCGAGCGACGAUUACGAGGCCACGUUGACCUUGAGCGAGCUAUCGCGACAAGCAGAACGUUUCAAGCUCGCCGAACGUGUGCUUCUAGACCCUCUUGAUGCCCUUGGUGCCAACUUGGAUGGGCCUACUUUUGGUCUUCAGCUGGAUGGUCAGCUCUCGCUUGAUAUUAUGCCCGAGGGUGUGAAUGGUCCUGCCGGCUAUGCUUCUUUCAUAAAUCACUUGGUAACUCAAAGGGAAGGCGUGCUACAGCCCAAUUUUGGACCGAGGCAACAGCAGCUGAGCAACCAGCUUGUGUCGGCUGCAGGGGGUUUCAAAAGUAUGAGAAUACAGCACAGUCUCUAUUUUGCGUAUUUGAAGCACCUGUGGCUUACUGAUCAAGAGGACAUCGCAAUUGAUCGGUUGACUCGACUUUGCAAUGUUGUUGACCUCGUGUUCCACUGCGAAGACGUCGCCGACCAGUCAUUACGAGUUGCCUGUUGGCUAACGUUAGGGGAAUGGAAGAUGGAGGCCGCCACCUCUCCCGGCUCGUUCAUUCCAGAGGCCCUGCAAGCAGACGGAUUGUCCUGUUUCAAGCGGGCUGUGUCUAAUGAUUCCUGUGGGUAUCGUGCAUGGCAUGCAUGGGCACUGCUCAACUUCAGGAUCGCAGUGCAGCUUGGUAGUGCCAAGAAGAAUGCCCGAGCCGGCACUGCUCAGCGCAAUCAUGUCAUUGCGGCUGUAGACGGCUUCGUGACUGCCAUCAAUCUGGGCACCAAGCGAUUCUCUGCAUCGGUACAACAGGAUAUGUUGAAUGUACUCACUUGCCUCUUCCGGUAUGGCGAACUUGAGGGAGUAGCCGAAGUAAUCAACAGGGGCAUGGCCGCCGUGCCUGCCGAAGCAUGGCUCGGAGUGCUGCCUCAAUUGUUGGCGAGGGUGAGCAUCAAGUCAUCACGAAUUCGAAAAGUACUGCAUCCACUCCUGGUGCGACUGGGAGAAAGACACCCUCAAGCGUUGAUGUAUCCGUUGUCGGUGCUGCUGAAAAGUCCAGUUGCGGAACGAAAGAACACAGCGGACAGUUUGUUGAAAUCUCUCCCUAGAGCCUUGGUCGAAGAGGCGUUGAUUGUUUCGAACGAGCUUAUUCGCGUUGCAAUUCUUUGGCUAGAGACUUGGCAUGAGGGACUAGAAGACGCUUCUAGACUUUAUUUUGGUGAGGGGAACGUCUCGGGCAUGUUGGAUCUUCUUCUACCGCUCCAUGAACAACUUGAGCGAGGUCCAGAGACUAAGAGGGAAAUUGACUUUAUGAAAGCUUUCGGCAGUGACCUGAGCCAGGCACACAGCCACAUCAAAGAGUAUAUUGAAAGGUCGCAAACGGGGAACAAUGAUGGACCGCCACAAUAUGACCCGACAGGUCGUCUGAGCCACCAAAGUGAAGAGGCAGAAGCAGCAAUAAACAAAGCGUGGGACAUCUACUAUACUGUUUUCCGCCGAAUCAACAAGCAACUCCCUUCUCUGACAAAACUUGAAUUGGACCAAUGUUCACCUGCUCUGAGCAGAGCCCAUGGUUUGGAACUUGGUGUGCCGGGGUCAUACUGCGUGGACGGAACGUACGUCAAAAUCGAAAUGUUCAAUGAAUGUGUACAGGUCAUCACAAGCAAGCAACGGCCCCGGAAGAUUACGCUUAAGGGGAGCAACGGCAACGAUUACGUUUUCCUCUUGAAGGGGCACGAGGAUCUGCGACAAGACGAGCGAGUGAUGCAGCUCUUUGGCUUGGUAAAUGCUCUUCUCGUCCGUGAUCCGCAGACCAAAAAGCACGACCUGAAGAUCCAGCGAUACCCCAUCACUUGUUUGUCUACAAACUGUGGGCUGGUUGGCUGGGUUCCCAACACAGAUACAUUCCAUUCGCUGAUACGCGACUACCGCUUGACGAAGAGAAUAGCUCUGAAUCUGGAAAACAAGGAGAUGCUGAAGAUAUCUGCGGACUUCGACCUCCUGACUGUCAUGCAGAAAGUCGAGGUAUUCACUGAGGCGCUGCGGCGAACCACGGGGAAAGGGAAUGACAUCUACGAGAUUCUGUGGAGCAGAUCAACGAAUUCAGAAGAAUGGUUGGAGAGGCGCAACAAGUACACUCGGUCGUUGGCCGUAAUGUCCAUGGUUGGCUAUAUCCUUGGUCUUGGCGACCGGCAUCCUUCCAACUUGAUGCUCGACAAAAUUAGCGGUCGAGUUUUGCACAUUGAUUUUGGAGACUGUUUCGAAGUUGCGAUGUCCCGGGAAAAAUACCCUGAACGCGUUCCGUUUCGAUUGACUAGAAUGCUUGUCAAGGCCAUGGAAGUCUCCGGUAUAGAAGGGAGCUACCGAAGCACUUGCGAAAGGACAAUGUCGGUUCUCAGAGGCAGUAGAGAUUCGCUUGUAGCUAUGCUUGAAGCUUUUGUGUACGAUCCGCUGAUCAGUUGGCGCUUGGUCGACUUGUCGCCUGGGAGACCUUCCGAAGAGAAACUAGCCAGCGCAAUAGACCAGGAGUCAGCCAACGUUGACCGUGCUGCUUCGGCAGUCUCUGAAAAAUCCAGUGUCAAAAACUAUCCUAUCGCAGAAGACUUUGAGGCAGUUGGCAACCCAGGCUCGGAGGUGCUUGAUGAUGAGGAUGGAGCCAACGGGCCCCAACCUAUUGCGGCUUCGCAGCCGCAUGCGACGGGUGGGGCCUCCGUGAACACCAGUAGGUCCCAUGCACAAAUGUACACCAACAUGCAGAACUGGGCAGCAAACUUGGACACUGAUAAUCGCAUUGCAAGCAUAGCCGGAGAACGAUCGGAGCACGCUACGGCAGGAGGGUCUCUUGCCAUGUCACGAAUCGAACGUAGCAUGCGCCAGAAAGAGAUGCUUGGGCUGCUUCGCGGGGACGAUGGCACAGCUCAUGAAGAAGCAUUGAAUAAGAAAGCUCUGAAAGUCAUCCGACGUGUGCAAGACAAGCUGACCGGAACGGACUUCCCCGACUACAGCGAGACAUCUGAGCCUUUGGAUGUUCCCGAACAAGUGCAACGUCUCAUUGUCCAGGCAACCGCAAGCGAAAAUUUGUGCCAGUUAUUCAUCGGAUGGUGUGCAUUUUGGUAGUUGCCGUGUGGCUGCUUGCAUGGAAACUAGCUUGACUUCCGAUGAUCAAAUGGUGACUGCUCGCGGCUGCCGUGACCAAGAAAUAGAACUGACAGAGAGAUUUUAACUUCCAUGGAUAACUAGUAUGGAUUCUGAACAAGCUACCGCUAUGCAAUUAAUUAGAAUAGCAGCUGUUGCCUUGUUUGCACCCCUAACCGAUAGUUUUAAGAAAAUCAUUGGGAGGUCUUUCUCAGCUUCUUCGGAGGAAGGGCGAUUGGUGGGGGUACGACUUUGACGCCUUCUUUCCUGCCUUUGUCGUAUUCAAUCAUGUAUUGCAGGGCCCCGCAUUGAUUUGCUAGCAGCGAUGCAACAGCCACAGUUUGAGCCUGUGUCAAAGAGCCGAUUCGCCCACUUCCUCGAGACCGGAGAAUGGCACAAAAGAUAGGGUCGGUGUCUUCCAAGGGCGGACACUCCAAACUAAUACGCACCCUAAUCUGAACUGGGAAGGGUGACACCUUUGCAUUCACAUUCUUGGAAGCAAAGGUAGGCUCAAUAUUAUUCAGAGCUGGAGUCAACGCUUCAAAGAUUCCAAACAAUAGCCUGUCGCUCACGUUCAUAAGAAAGAUAGAGGCGCCAGGUCUGAUGCAGGAAGCCGCGCCUUUCAUAUGUGCUGGCAGGCCAAAGAUACCCCUUCCAAGGCACUCGUCCAUGGUGUCACUACUGCAUCCAAAGAUGAACCCUGAAAGAAACAGACGGGGAGAGUUAAAAAAAAGAUGGACCGACAGACAAUAAAAUAAAUAAAGGAAAGUCUUACCCGGGCCUGGCAUGGUGGGCCAAGCAAGUUCCUCGGGAAGCGGAGCGCGGAAGUCGGAAAGUAGCGCGUCUGGUGCAGGUGGUUCUUUGUCGCCUGUCCAGGACUCAUGAAGUGAAACCAAGGGUGAAUUCCAAACUGCCUUCAUCAACGCCUCACCCGUUCGUGGUGACAUGGUUUGGCAAAAACUAGUGUCACUGGUUGGGAAAAUGAGGUCCGGUGCAGCUUCCCUGGCAGUUUGCGACGGCAUCUCAGUGGUGCGGUACCAUUUCACAUUGAGACAAUAAUCAAAACCAUGGUGCGAUCCUUCCUUUCCAAGGGAUUCUUGAUAGCUGGCCCUGGACAUGACCAGUGCGGCACCUUGGAUAUGAUUUGACCCACUGACUGUAAAGAACACCAUGACUUGUUUGGCCCCAUCUUGGUAGGCAUGAUUCAAAGCCUCAGCAUGGCGCCUUUGAAGAUACCACUUUCCUUGUACUGUGCUGAUUGCCAGGUCUCGCUGGGUUGCGGCUAGAAUGAUAAAGAAGUGUGCCUGAUCAGGUUCAACAAUUGGGCUGGGCAGGCCACCUCCAGAAUUACCGCCUCGAAAGUAAUCGACAGUGACGUGUUCUUGACUAGCAAACAAGUUGUCGCCAAGCUCUGUGUUCUCGGGUUGUUUCUGUUCCUGUCUAGGGAACUUGCGCAGUUCAGAUUCUCCGUGAGCGAAAUGGCAACCAUCUCCAAAAGGACACUCUCCUUGAAUAAAAUGUUUGCAGAGACUAAUCUUGUAAAAUUCGUUUGGUUUUGGAGCAGGCCGCCUCGGUUGAGCCCCAUCCUUGCCUGCAGCUUGCAUUUGACUCAAUCCCAGAGUGAAGUCUGCCACAAGCGGCAGAUCGGCCCUUUCUUUUCUGAGGUGCUUGUAACGACAGUAGGGUCCAUGGAUACAGAAUCCUUGGCUGUAAAAUACACAUUCCAAGCGAUUCUCUUCACUGAUGUGCCGAAAUGGACAGUCCUUCAAUAGACAUUUUUCUCCUCUUCGACACAGGGGCAUCUUACUGAGAUCAUAUUGAUGCAGAAAUUCACAGGCCGACCCCUUCAUACAGAGAUCUCUCAGCCAAUGGCGACAGACAACGGUUCGAAGACGAGGGUCAUGCUUAGCACUGGUCAACACAGGCUCUGCUUCAUCUCCUGUUGCAAAGACAGACCCCGCCUUGCGGUACGGCAAAGGAUCCAAAGUGUCAGGGAUUCCAUGCUUCAGGGCAUAAUCUUCGAAAUCAUAUUCAACGUUCGCGAUCGUCAGAGCGCCCGAGGGGAGAGCCUUCGUCAUGGUGACUGAAAGAAGAAGGAGUGUCGUUGGUGUGUGUUAUUGUCGACUGGUCUGAAGGAUGGAUGCCGAUUGCAGGCCAUGAUCGAGAAAAAAGAUCGAGGUUUGGUUUUUGGUUGAAUUUUAUUAAUAAAUAAAGGUUUGGUUGCGAAUAAAGCGGCAAAGCGGAUAAAGCCUGGAACGUUUAAAAAUCAGCUACGUGUAGUACCAGUACCGUAAAGGCACAAGCCUUCAACGUUUGCCUCCGACAGGAAGACAGCAACUUCGGGACACCAGGACCUGCCUUCGGUCCAUCUCCCGGCCCUACACAUGGUCCCGAGAGACGGUCCCACACGACGACCUACACCAGCCCCACACCCCACACUUCCCGAGCAAAACUCAACCCCGCAAACUCCAAGGUUUGCGAUUAUCAUCCAACCAAACGAGUGACGAUCCGGCCUGCAAUCUGUGCUGUGCCUUCUCAGGUUGUUUUAUGAGUGAAAUGGCAGGGUGAGAGCAAGUAGAUUCAACCGCUUCUCCCCGGAAGCUCUUGCUACCCACCCAGAGUGCUUAUCUUAUUCCAUAAGAAACUACUACUCUACUACUAGCUAGGAAGGAAGAAUAAAUUCAAUAAAAGUGCCUAAUAAUCCUCAUUCCGGAAUGCAAGGAUGGGUUCAGCGUUGUUCAUACCGCCUCAUUUUGCCAUGACACGAAACCAUUCCAGUGAAUUUCUUAAUACAUGAAAACUGGGUUGUCGCGUGUCAUGACACGGGUGUCGUUCUUGAGGAGAUUCCUUAGCGCCUUGGUCAAUGCGAACAUGGACAUGUGAGACACACCAUCGUACAGACCAAGCUUGUCGGCGCCACCUUCAAUUUGUUGCUCGACGAGAUUAUCGAUAACGUCCGUGCUGGCAGGAAAUUUCCAUUCCUUCUCGACAAGUGCCUUGUCCUCACAACCAGCCGGGGCUUGGAAUGCCAUAAUGAAACCCCAGUCGCCACCAAAGCUGGGAAUGUUUGUGGAAUAGGGUACGACGCAGUCAAAGACGGUGCGAAGGGUAUUGUUGAUUGGUCCAUAACAGGAAGUAUCGGUUUCACCUGCUCCUUGGUGUUUUGCUGGGACAGCAUCGGCCGUUCCCGACUGUGUGACAAAGACACCAUUUGGGUUCAGGCGAGUCAAAGCAUGUUCGUAGAACUCUUUAGUGUAGAGCAUAAUGCCUGGUCCAGCUUCAAUGGGAUCGGAAAUAUCCAUGAUAAUCACAUCAAAAGUUUCUUGUGUCUCCAUCAUCCACUUGUGAGCAUCGCCAACAACCAAUUCAAAUCGUUUGUCGGAUGUUACAGUCUCCCCACCCCAUUCCGCUAGGAACUUUUUGCAAACCUCAAUAACUUUGCCAUCAAUAUCCACCAUCACACAGCGUUCAAUCGACUUGUGACGCAAGACUUCUCGGGCUGUGGCAAGCUCACCACCUCCGCCAAUAAAGACAGUCUUUGGAGGAGUGCCAGACAAAGCAGACCUCAACAUAGAAGGAUGGACAAGAGACUCAUGGUAGGCAAACUCGUCCAUCUGAGAACUCUGUGUCUUGCCAUCCGUGACCAGGGUCUAACGGUAUCAUAGAUCGGAGAAGAGAUUAUGGUGAGUUAAGCAAGGAAUACGGUAUGAAAUCGAGAGUGUCAGG